UCCUGGGAAAUCCCAGUGGGAGGGGUCUCGCCGCUCUCCCCCCCUCUUGCGCUGCUUUCCCGUGCGCUAUGCGGGGCCGCGGGUACGACAUCGGUGCCGGCUUCCUCGGCGACGACGUCGACCCGGAGGUCAUCACCGGCGACGAUGACGGUCGCCGGGAGGACAGCCUCGUCGCCGCCGACUCCAGCUCCGUGGAUUGCAUGCAUGGAUCAUAUAGCAGCUCUUUGAGCCUCCAUGGUGUCAGAGUUGACGAUGAACAAUCGGCUCUUGAUAACAGCAGCAGGCCCCCUAGUCCUUUUGAUAUCCUGACUCCUCAAGAUGUUCUCCCUAUUGAAAUGGCAAGGUCUAGGUUCUUGGACCUCAUUGUUGAUUAUUUUAUAAGUGAGCAUGUUGUUGAGAUGGUGGAAUGCUCUGGCUUGGAAUGUAUCCAGGUGGAUGAUAGAUCAAGCAAAAGAAAGCAACAGGGGGUUCGAUAUGAGGGUGACCCUAGGCUUUCUUUGCCAUUGAUGUAUAUAGCAAACUUGUACGAAACCUUGGUAAGUGAUGUCAAUGUGCGUCUUGCGUCGUUGAUUGGGUUCCGUGAGAAGACUAUAGGGCUAGCUCUUGAAGCUUCCGGUGGCUUGUACAGGAAACUGACUCAAAAGUUCCCAAAGAAAGGCCCUUGCAGCUUCAAGAGGAGGGAGUUAGCAACUUCACAUGCAACUAGGACAAAGUUUCCUGAACUUGUGAUACAAGAAGAAAAAAGAGUUCGUUUUGUUGUAAUUAACGGACUGGCAAUCAUAGAGAGACCAGACAAUAUGAGAAUGGAGGAUGCAGAAUGGUUCAAAAGAUUGACUGGUCGAAGUGAAGUUGCUAUUUCUUCAAGAGAUUAUAAAUUCUAUUCACCCCGUCAUAAGUUCAGGCGCUCUCCGCAGGCAGCAUUUGACAUCCCUGAGACAAGUGCUUUGGCAGAGGAUGAGAACUCACCGUUGGUUUGUUCUUCAGGAUUCCGCCCACCAAAUGAGAUACAAGAUCAGCAUCAGUCAACUUCAAAGAGACAUAUUGAACAGCUAGAAAGUCAACCUUAUUUACACCUUUUCCAUCAAGCAGAGGAUGAUACCAUUCAGCAAGUUCAACAUUGCACCCAGUUCCCUCCCAUUCAUCAAUGUACAAGCGCCCCACAUCUAUCAGAUAACCUCCAACACCAGCAGCAGGCUUAUUUAUCUCAGCAUACAUCUUGCUUGCAAGUUGGACAAGGUCAUCUUGGAGGACGCAUGCAUAUAACUCCAACCAGCCCUGCGAAGUUCUGUGAUGAGUGUGGUUCCCCAUAUUUAAGGGCAACAUCGAAAUUCUGCUCAGAAUGUGGCACCAAGAGGCUAGGGAUGUGACUGCCUUGAUCAAUCAAUGUGUAUAUAGAUCUGUUAGUGUUGUAUUCUAUGUUUGAUGAAGUUAGUGCAUCUUUGAAGUUCUUCUGUAGGAGGCCUAUCUUUGAGAUGACUUAAGAGACACUGAUUAUUUUCACGAAUGACUCGAGAGACAGUGGGUUGUUUGGUUCUCCACCUUUUAAUCUUAACUGUGCGUCGAUGUUGAUGACACCAGCUCUUCUCUUGAUGGAGACUUUUGGAAGAGAGUCGUGUCGUGUGCAA